AUGGCGACUUUAAUGCGAACACUUCGAAUUUUGUUUCAGCCUAAGAAAUCUCUACGCUGGUAUCAAGCUAGCCCUACAAUUUUUCGACGGAACAUCGACGCCGUCGAAGGAUUCCAUGUUACCUCCGGAUCAGAGAACGUGCCUCAAGGGCGCAGGAGACUGGACCUCACAGCUACCGUGAAUUUACAAGUGGGGAAUGGGAAUAAACCAACUCGGCAUCAAGCCCGCAAAGCCUGGAUUGCACUCAGGCGAAAACAUCCCGCCAUGGCAUCAGUCAUCCAGGGGUCCAAACGGGUCUACUACAGGAUGGACCACCAGGAACGACAGGCAUGGCUGGAUGAAACAUUCGUCAAUGUCCCUGGAGAGCAUGCUCUGACACCGGAAGUGCUCAAUCGGUACAAGGCGACAUCAAGGCCGACAAUGUAUUUUUUGGAAGAUGCACACAUGUUCGCCUUGCGCACACCGCACUAUACAAUGGAUGGACUGGGUGUAUUUUCGCUUCUGGGCGAAUAUCUGGCCGAGCUUGGGCGAAUAGCCAAUAAAGAACAAAAUGCCUGCUUUGAUGAGCAGCCAUCGGACCUGGCAUCCUGCCUCGAAGAAGCCGUUCAACCCACCUUUCCGUCACCAAGACAACUUUUACGACUUUGGAGAAUCCGACGAAACUGGCUUCAAAGCUACCCAUCCAUUGCAAUUAAGCCGGAUAAGAUUGAUUAUUCCUCCAUAUCGUCCUGGAAAGAUCUCCAAUUCUCCAACUCAGAGACAAAAUGUCUCCUCACACGGGCAAAGCAAAAUGGUCUGUCGUUAACCCAUGUAGCUCAUGCUGCUCUGAUUAUUGGCGCAAUGAAACACGGAGUCUAUCCAGAGGGAUCUAAUUACACACAAAUGAUCGUUUUAAACAUGCGGGGUCGCGCGGCUGAUAUGUCCUCACACGUGAAAAACAUCGCAUCGACUCAGCAUGCGAUAUGGCCAUUCACUCUCCCAGUCAGCACUUGCCUUUUAGAUGUCGCAGAACAAAUGAAGCAAAUAUAUAUGAAUGCUGUAGGUGACCCCGACUUAUUGUCACUUGCGGGGCCUAUUUUCAUCGAAGGAAUGCGUACAAUUCCAGCCUCUUCCCACCUUUUCCACAGUUCACCCUUUGUCAGUAGCUGUGGAAAACUGGACAACGUGAUUGCACCAUCAUACGGCACCUUGUAUGUUGAAAAUGUUUCUAUCAUGGCAGAAAUCUCUCAGGAAGACAUUGUUGCAAUCGUAUGGUCUUAUAAAGGCCAAUUGACGAUACGGGUGUUUUAUAAUGAAGGAAAACACAGUGCCAGCAAUAUACAGCGUUAUAUUCAGCUAACGGGCGAAGUGCUCAAGAAAGGGUUUGACAUGACACAAUAG